AUGGUCACCCCCACCCGCACCAACCGCUUCCAAUCCUUCACGCCGCUCCGCACGCCCUCGACCUCCCUCCGCCGCCUCAAGACCGCCUUCUCGCCCACCCGCUCGCACCGCUCGUGCUCUCCCAGCUCCUCCACCGGCACCACAUCGCCGCUGACCCGCACUUCCUCGCCGGACUCGCACCGCAGUAGCGGCUCCAUGACCAGCAUCCGCCACCUGCUCAUGCUCCGCCGCAAGCCGUCCGUCCUCGACAUCGAGAUGGAAGAGGAGAAGCAUUUGUUCGGGCACGAGGUCGACAUGCUGGAGCCGCGACCGAGCGGGUGCGGAUUGAACGGCGGUGUGGAAGUGGGCAUCUUCGAGGUGCUUGAGGGACGCUUCUAA